GGUUGAGAUUGGCCUACUGUGUCGUACCGAUGAGCCACCGAGUGGGUGAGUGAGGAGAGCGAGCGAGCGAGACUCGAUUGUGUAACAACUAAGGCCCCGCUGUUUCGGUUUCGCUGGUGUGUGCGGUCUGUGUUUGUCCAAGAAUCUAAAAACUAGGAGGCUUAGUUAUAGUCGGAAAAUAGUUGACGGUUUUCACCUGCGCUAACCACAACUAGACAGAGAGCUACCUGUAGUUCCGUGGGGUCAGAUUUGUGGCCAGUUUCAGUCCGUUGAUUUCCAUUUUUCAUCGUAGCCAGUCGUCGUCUUCGUCGUCGCCGUCGCCACCGUCAUUACAUGGGAAAUAAAUAGUGCCUUUAAGUUUGCGUCUCUCUCGCUUACUCUGGAGCGGACGGACUAUUUUAUAGAUGAACACUACCGUUUUGUGAUUUCGAAAGCAAUAUACAAAUAGAUACAGAUAUAACACGUCCAGUUUGACAGUUUUUGAGAAACAAUAGGACACAAAAUGGGUGCGGCCAGUACCGGUGCAGAUUCGUUGGAAUGCUGCAACAAUCAGGAGGAAGCAUCCGUCCAAAAUAACCAAAAUGCGAAUCACCAGCUGAACCGAGCGCAACAUCAACCCCCGGCUGCUGCCCCGGCACCGUUAGCAGGAUCCGAAAACAAUCCACCACUGCCACUGGUAUUGAUCUCGAAUCACACAACGACCACUAGUGCAAACCACCAGCCCCCACCUACCACUGUGCUACCAUCACCGGCGCCACUGCACCUCAACAAUGUCAACCAACAACAACAACAACAACAAGCCCAACGCAACAACCACCUUCACUACACGCUCGACAUUGAGAACAACAAUCAAAGCAACCAUCUAUAUGUAAAUCCCCAAGGAAACUUCAACUACGAUUACUACCUGCAAACUUUCUUCGAUGAGCACGACUACUACAACCAACUCAACAACAACAACAACAACACCAACAACAUCAACAAUUUCAACGCUCACAACUACACCGGAACCGUGUCGAUCUACUCGGAAGCCGAAACCCCGAUGACGGUGGCAGCCUCCAACCUGUCCGCAUCCUGCCAGUGCCUAUUUCUUCGAUACUGCAAGCAUAAAAAACGCGCCUCGUCCUCGUGCUGUCAACGGCCGCAGCUCAAACCGGACCCCAAGCAGAAAAAAUCCGCUAAACCCAAGGAACCGGAGAAAAAACCAAAACCGCCCGUAGGCGGCGGAGGAGGAGGUGGUGCCCCUCGCGGUCGUGGUGCCGCAGCUCACGGAAUGGAUAACAACGAUGCCGACCCGAUGAUGCGCCGUCCCCGACGUCGGAAGGACAACAGCGAGCAGGAUCUCGCCUCCAAACAGCAGCAGCAGCAGCAACAACAACAGGAGCAGCAGGGCGCCACCACUUUCGAUCAAAAGCAACAGCAAUCGAAGUUCCACUGUGAACGCGAGCGCGUUACAUAUAACCAGCUUCCGCAAAUAAAAAGCAGGACUCCACGCCUGUCUGUCUGUCUAUACUGUACUGUAGCUGUGUGCUUCAUGAGAUGGAGAAAAAUCGUACAAAUUGCAUCUAUUGUCUGUGCACUAAUCUAAUAAAAAAAAAAAAAACUGAAAGCAAACCAGAAUGAAGAAAACCUUUAAACUGCUUCUUAUUUUAAUCGCUCAGUUUGAAGAUGUUGUUGCCCUUACACAAACACCAUCACCAACACUGACACGCACUCAAUCAUCCAGCACCAAAGCCUACUACACACUUGGUAACCCCUUAAGCAAUGUAUACACGUUUCUCUGCCUAUGAAUGUAAUUACAUUUGAACAUUUUUAAUUUUGUAGAUACUUUAGUGGAAAAGCCGGACCUUGGCGGGAUGAUUUCUUUUUUAGUUGGUCUCAUGCAACCCCCCUCUACGCUGUACCUGUCUGUUUGUAGCAAUCAGUUUAUGACUGAUCAAAUGUGUUGCGAUUUCUGCUGAUAGUAAUAAUUUCAACCAAAGCAAGCCCUGCAACGCUGUGCCACCUUCUUCUACUUCGGAUGAUUUUUUUUUGUUUUCAAGCAAAACGUGCACUUCUUGCUACAACCAACCCCACAGAUGAUUUCCAUCGUAAACAAAUGUUCCACCCUGAAAUGCAGAAAUGUUUCAUAGAUUUGUGUGUUU